AUGUUAUUCAAACCAAAAAUUAGGAACGAGAAAAAAGAUCAGGGGUAUGUGUGCGAGUUUUUGUUGCCUGUUGACGUCUAUCUCGAAGGUGUUGCAUUCCAAGACGGUGAUCGUGAACUGGAGCUCUCGAGCCAUCAAACGCCACUCAUCAGAAAUGAACGUGAACAGCAAAGUUUCGCAGAGAAGAUCAAACGGAUUACAGAACAAAAGAAACCGUCAUAUUCGUUUGAAAUAUCGCCAGCGAAAUCCGAAAAGGAUUUCCAACACUUAGUGAAGAGUGCGGCAGAUGCCGUCGGCGGCGAACUUGCCGCGUUCGCUUCGGUGACGUGGCACCUGUCACCUUCCAUUACAGAGCGGCCUCCUUCGGACUGGUCUUCCGUACCUGCCGUCCAUACGGCCCUCGGCCUGUCGGAGCUCGUAGGGCAGCACGGCGUCUUGCUGCACCUGUCUGCUGCCGGGUUGAGGGAGCGAGACGUGGCGGACGUGCUGGCGGCCGCCUGUGGAGAGGGGGGUGUGCGCGCUCUCUUUCUGGUGCGUGGAGACAACGAGACCAGCCGGAGCGACUUUGUGCACGCGAUUGACCUCGUCAGGUUCGUACGGAGCCGGACAGAGGGCGAGCAGUUUGCCAUCGGUGUGGCAGGGUACCCGCUGGGCCACCCCGAGAGCCGGUCGCGUGAAGAGGACCUGCUUCACCUCCGAGAGAAGGUGAAAGCUGGAGCAGACUUCAUCAUCUCACAGGUCGUGUUUGAUGCGACUACAUUUCUUCGGUUUGUUGAGGACUGCAGGCACAUCGGGAUAACAGUACCCAUUCUGGCGGGUGUACCAAUUGUAACGGACGCGGGAAUCCUCGGGCGGCUCUGCAAGCUGUGCCGGGUCCCGGUGCCGGAGGCGAUGCCGGCCGAGCUGUCACGCGGCGGCAGAGACGCGGGCGUGCGGUGGUGCGUGCGAAUGUGUCGGCAGCUGCUGGUAGCCGGCGUGGACGGCAUCCACUUCUUCACCCUCAACAGCAUUGAAAACCUGAAGGAAGUCGUAGAGCAGCUGGCAGGGAGUGGACACAGUGCAGAGGCAGAGGCAGAGACGGGCAAGUAGCUGCGGUCAACUCCUGCCGAGUCAAAGGAGUUGUCACGCAGCACAUGUGAUGCUGGCAUUAAUGAGGGGCUCUACACGUCCUCCGUGUGUCGAAAAACUGGUCUCACAAAUGUGACUCGGAAUGUUGACGGUGAAGCACAGUGAUGUAACGUAAUGUGCGAUGUGGGUGAGCACAACUACGUAGCUGUAUACGUCGUGAGCAGCAGCUUUGAGAGCCCGCAGUGACAAUACAGUCUGACCUGACCGAGAUCCGCACGGUCCUCUCUCUACUUUUUUACACAUUCACUGGUGCUUCAACCAAAAAACACGGAGGAAAAGAUGAAAGAUAUGUUUACAUGAAAAUAUACAAAGAAUGCCUUGUUACACAGAAAGUCUGGAAAUGACAAAAAAGUUUGAUUACUCCUAGCUGUUGUAAGGAAAUGUAUGUUUUUAUUAAAAUUAUACAAAUUUUUAUGUGGCAUUUACUUGACUGUUUAAUUGUAAAUUGAUGCAAACAAAUUAUGAAGCACAAGUUCUACUUGCUGUUGUUGCAGUUGGCCAGUUUGAGUGAUUUCAUAUAAAUAUUAACUGCAAUGUUACUUUGUGCCAGACAUUUCUAUUAGUCCACAUGCAGAAUAAAAAUGAUUACAACU